GUCAGAAGGAGCCCCUGCCCGGGUCCCCAAGAGGCGGCAUCGCGGCAGUGUGCCCGCCCCCCUGCCCACCGCAGAGCAUGGCCCGGCUGGACCUGGAGGAGCUGGCCGAGAUAGAGCUGCAGAGAGAUGAGGAGGAGGCAGCCGCGCUGGGCGCAGUGCGAAGACCCUCCGCGGUGGCAACGGCCGACCAGGACCCUGCCCUGAGCUUGAGUCACCCCUUCUACGACGUGGCCAGACACGGCAUCUUGCAGGUGGGAGGGGAGGACCACCUCGGGAGACGCAUCGUCACCUUCAGCUGCUGCCGGAUGCCCCCCUCGCACGAACUCAACCAUAGGCGUCUGCUGGAGUACCUGAAGCACACGCUGGACCAGCACGUGCAGAGCGACUACACCGUCGUCUACUUCCACUUCGGGCUCAGCAGCCAGAACAAGCCGUCGCUGCGCUGGCUGCAGGGCGCCUACCGGGAGUUCGACAGGAAGUACAAGAAGAACCUGAAGGCCCUCUACGUGGUGCACCCCACCAGCUUCAUCAAAGUCCUGUGGACCGUCUUCAGCCCCUCUUUUAGUCACAAGUUUGGGAAAAAAGUCACCUACUUCAACUACCUGAGCGAGCUCCGUGAGCACCUCAAAUGCGACCAGCUGGCCAUCCCCCCGGAAGUCGUGCGGUACGACGAGAAGCUCCGGAACCUGCACAAGGGCCGGCCACUCGCUCCCGUCAAGACGCCGCCGCCGCGGCCCCCGCUGCCCACCCAGCAGUUUGGCGUCAGCCUGCAGUAG